GGGAGCUUGAUGAAAAAAGAGCCAAGAGGGGGUGUGGAUUAGAAACCACGAGGUAACCCGAGGGAGAGGAGGAGGAAGAUCGGAGGUAGAGGGAGACUGGGGAGUCCGGGGGAAAAGCAGAAGAAGGAGACGCACAGAGAGAGGGGAGAGGAGAGAGGAGUGGGUUUGGUGGGGUGGGUGGCUCAGUCCCUGGCUCCCUCCGUAUUUGGGGAACCGGGACUCCUUGUGGGGAGGAGAGGAAGGCUGGGAGUCCUGGAGGGACAGGGUCCCACAAAAAGGAGAGGGAGGAGCUGAGAGAGAGGGGGCCAGGGCAUUGGGAAGGGGUCGCUCAGAGAUCUCCUGGGGAUGGGGGGCGCCGCUCAUCUGAGCGCCCCUCGAGCGCUGGUACUCUGGGCGGCACUGGGGACGGCAGCUCACAUCGGACCUGCACCUGACCCCGAGGACUGGUGGAGCUACAAGGAUAAUCUCCAGGGAAACUUCGUGCCAGGGCCUCCCUUCUGGGGCCUGGUGAAUGCAGCCUGGAGUCUGUGUGCCGUGGGGAAGCGGCAGAGCCCCGUGGACGUGGAGCUGAAGAGGGUCCUUUAUGACCCCUUUCUUCCCCCGCUGAGGCUUAGCACUGGGGGAGAGAAGCUCCGCGGAACGCUAUACAACACUGGCCGCCACGUCUCCUUCCUGCCUGCACCCCGGCCCGUGGUCAAUGUGUCUGGGGGGCCCCUCCUUUAUAGCCACCGACUCAGCGAACUGCGGCUGCUAUUUGGAGCACGUGAUGGAGCCGGCUCUGAACACCAGAUCAACCACCAGGGCUUCGCUGCUGAGGUGCAGCUCAUCCACUUCAACCAAGAACUCUAUGGGAACCUCAGCGCCGCCUCCCGGGGCCCCAAUGGCCUGGCCAUUCUCAGCCUCUUUGUCAAUGUGGCUGGCAGCUCAAAUCCAUUCCUCAGCCGCCUUCUUAACCGGGAUACCAUCACCCGCAUCUCCUACAAGAAUGAUGCCUACUUUCUUCAAGACCUGAGCCUGGAGCUUCUGUUCCCCGAAUCCUUCGGCUUCAUCACCUAUCAGGGCUCUCUUAGCACCCCGCCCUGCUCGGAGACUGUCACCUGGAUCCUCAUUGACCGGGCUCUCAAUAUCACCUCCCUGCAGAUGCAUUCCCUGAGACUCCUGAGCCAGAAUCCUCCCUCUCAGAUCUUCCAGAGCCUCAGCGGUAACGGCCGGCCCCUGCAGCCCUUGGCCCACAGGGCCUUGAGGGGCAACAGGGACCCCCGGCACCCGGAGAGGCGCUGCCGAGGCCCCAACUACCGCCUGCAUGUGGAUGGUGCCCCCCAUGGUCGCUGAGACUCCCCAUCGAGGAUUGCGCCUGCCCUCCCCAAGCCUCCCCACCAGGGGAGGGGAGUCACCCCCAAAACAAAGCUAUUAAAGGGACAGAAUACUUCCUGUU